GAGCCGCCGAGCAGACGCCGGGGGAAUUCUAGAGGCGGAGGAGGGUGGCGAGGAGCUCGCGCUCGCCUCUCCGCGCCCUCCCUCGCGCCCUCCCUCUCCUCGCCUGCUCCGGCUCCUUCUCGUUCCCUCUCCCUCUGCUCUCUUCCGUCCUUUGCGUCUCUCCGUUCUCGAUCCUCCCUGCCCCGCGCGCCCGGACGCAGAUUUCGGAAGCGAAAUCGCUCACGGUUUCAGACAAGGCAGAGAGAGACAGGAGACCCGGCAGAGGCGCGCGGCAAGAUUGGGAUUGCAACCGAGACGCCUUCUCCGCAGCUCCGAGCGGAGGAAGGAGGAGGAGGGCGGACGGAAGCCAGUUUGCAUGCAGUUCAAGUUUUGAUAGCGCUGGCUGGAAGGGGCUUAAAUCCGCUUAUGUUGUUGUUUUUCUUAAAGGAGAGAGUUUUUCUGCUCUCUUACUAAAGCCGAGUCCAGCGCACUGGCAGACGCCUCCACCGAGAAAGGGAGAGGAAGAGAUAAGGGGGCGGGGGAAGAAAAAGAAGAAGAAGAAGGAAAGGUAAAAAGUCUUCCAGGAGAACCGUUCGCGUGUGCAACAAAGACCUUGGGGCUGGGGAGCGAUCCCGGGGCCGAGGGCUGCAGUGUCCGUCCCGAGCUCCGCGGCAGGGCUCCGGCGCGAGCUUCCGAAAGCGACCUCCACGGGCGGCUUUCUAAACACGCCAGGCUCCGCGACAGCCGCCCAGCGACUAUGUCUCCCGAUCUGUCGCCUUGCCCUCUUUAAGAAGCAGCCGUCCCCCUCCCCAACAGACACUGUCCUCUCUUCCUCCGAAGCGCUUUAGUUAUUUCUUCCUUUUUGUUUUGUUUUGGUUUUCUUUUUUCCGCUUACAAAAAAAAAAAAAAUAUGUGCUGCUGCUGAAAAAAAAACAAAACAAAACAAAAGCAAACACGAGACAACAGCUGCUGACUUGCGCCUGCCGGGAGUGGAUGAGCCUCUCCAUGAGAGAUCCGGUCAUUCCUGGGACGAGCAUGGCCUACCAUCCGUUCCUACCCCACCGGGCGCCGGACUUCGCCAUGAGCGCGGUUCUGGGCCACCAGCCGCCCUUCUUCCCCGCGCUGACGCUGCCUCCCAACGGCGCCACGGCGCUGUCGCUGCCCGGCGCCCUGGCCAAGCCGAUCAUGGAUCAAUUGGUGGGGGCGGCCGAGACCGGCAUUCCUUUCUCUUCGCUGGGGCCCCAGGCGCCUUUGAGGCCUCUGAAGGCCAUGGAGCCCGAAGAAGAAGUGGAGGAUGACCCCAAGGUGCACCUGGAGGCCAAGGAGCUCUGGGAUCAGUUCCACAAGCGGGGCACAGAGAUGGUCAUUACCAAGUCCGGCAGGCGAAUGUUCCCUCCAUUUAAAGUAAGAUGUUCUGGACUGGAUAAGAAGGCCAAGUAUAUUUUAUUGAUGGACAUUAUAGCUGCUGACGACUGUCGAUAUAAAUUUCACAAUUCACGGUGGAUGGUGGCGGGUAAGGCUGACCCCGAAAUGCCAAAGAGAAUGUACAUCCACCCGGACAGCCCCGCUACCGGGGAACAGUGGAUGUCUAAAGUCGUCACCUUCCACAAACUGAAACUCACCAACAACAUUUCGGACAAACACGGAUUUAAUUGGCCCAGUGAUCAUCCAGCGUGGCAGGGGAAUUAUAGUUUUGGGACUCAGACAAUCCUCAACUCCAUGCACAAAUACCAGCCCCGGUUCCACAUUGUAAGAGCCAAUGACAUCUUGAAACUGCCUUAUAGUACGUUUCGGACCUACUUAUUCCCAGAGACUGAAUUCAUCGCCGUGACUGCGUACCAGAAUGACAAGAUAACACAGUUAAAAAUAGACAACAACCCAUUUGCAAAAGGUUUUCGGGACACUGGAAAUGGCAGGAGAGAAAAAAGAAAGCAGCUCACCCUGCAGUCCAUGCGAGUGUUUGAUGAGCGACACAAGAAGGAGACUGGAACCUCGGAUGAGUCCUCCAGUGAACACGCAACCUUUAGCUGCUUUGCCCAGGCCUCUUCACCAGCGGUGUCCACUGUAGGGACCUCGAAUCUCAAAGACCUGUGUCCUAGCGAGGCCGAGAGCGAUGCUGAGGCCGAGAGCAAGGAGGAGCAUGUCCCGGAGACCUGCGACGCGGCCAAGAUCUCCACCACCACGUCGGAGGAGCCGAGCCGAGACAAGGGCAGCCCCGAUUGCCUCAAGCUGCACCUCUUCGGGGCCGAGACCAGCGGCCGCUCGCGGGACAACGCACGCCCAGACAAGGCGUCUCCGGACUCACGCCACAGCCCGGCCACCAUCUCGUCCAGCACCCGUGGCCCCGGCGCCGAGGAGCGCAGGAGCCCGGGGCGUGAGGGCUCAGCGGUGGUGGCCAAGGCCGAGGAGGCGCGCGCGCUGCCCGGCAAGGAGGCCUUCGUGCCUCUGCAUAUGCACUCGGAUGCGGCGGCCGCCGCACACCUGCAGGGCCCGCUGCCCGGCCUCGGCUUCGCCCCAGGGCUUGCCGGCCAGCAGUUCUUCAACGGGCACCCGCUCUUCCUGCAUCCCGGCCAGUUUGCCAUGGGCAGUGCCUUCUCCAGCAUGGCCGCGGGCAUGGGGCCGCUGCUGGCAACCGUGUCCGGCGCGUCCUCCGGCGGCGUCUCCGGACUAGACUCCACUGCUAUGGCCUCCGCAGCCGCCGCGGCGCAGGGACUGUCUGGGACCUCAGCUGCCACCCUGCCCUUCCACCUCCAGCAGCACGUCCUGGCUUCCCAGGGCCUGGCCAUGUCGCCCUUCGGAAGCCUGUUUCCGUACCCCUACACCUACAUGGCAGCGGCAGCGGCCGCAUCCUCGGCGGCAGCCUCCAGCUCCGUGCACCGCCACCCCUUCCUCAGCCUGAACAGCAUGCGCCCGCGGCUGCGCUACAGCCCCUACUCCAUCCCUGUGCCAGUCCCCGACGGCGGCGGCCUCCUCGGCGCCGCGCUGCCUGCCAUGGCCGCGGGGACCCUGGAUGCCAAAGCCACUGCCCUGGCCGCCAGCCCCGCCUCGGUAUCUGCCAUGGACUCGGGCUCGGAGCUGAACAGCCGCUCCUCCACGCUGUCCUCCAUCACCGUGUCCCUGUCACCCAAACUCUGCUCGGAGAAAGAGGCGGCCACCAGCGAACUGCAGAGCAUCCAGCGGCUGGUCAGUGGCCUGGAGGCCAAGCCCGAGAGGUCCCGCAGCGGGUCCCCCUAGACCCUCCCGGCAGGGCACCUUCAUUCCAAUUCAAUGAAUCUGCAGUGCACUUUUUUGGGGAUGUAAAACAAACCACAAGGCCGGCUCUGCGCU